AUCCAUAUCCCCUUUCAUCAAUGCAUCUCAACAAACUCUCAGUUUUCUCAAUUCAUUUCAAUCUUUUCACAAAAGAAGAGAAGACUUUUCUUAGUGUUCAAUAAUAAAUUAAAAUAUGGGUUCUUAAAUUGUUAAUCAUUUGCAUUUUUCUGUCCUCCUAUAUAUACGUGUUUCUAGUCACCUCAAGACACAUAUACCAAUAAACAGUUUCUUUCUCUCGAUCUUUAUAGUAAUUCUUCCCCCAAAAAUAUAUUGUUAAAAAGAAAAAUGGGUAUUUCCCGACAGAACCGGGUUGAAGUCAGGUCGAUGCUAACCGCGAUAUCAAGCAAGCCAUCUCGAUCUGGUCAGAUACACACGUUUACAGCUCUAGACAACGCUAUGAGUCCACAUACGGUCCAUGUCAUCUUCUACUACCCUCGUAGUCCAUUCGGUUCCUUUGACCUCGACUCGGUUCGGAUCCCGUUGUCGGAGCUCCUCUCGAUGUACCCGCCCGCUAUUGGUCGGGUCACCAAAAACCCGGAAGGGAUCUUGGAGGUCAAGUGUAACGAUGCGGGACUUCGAAUCUUGAAAGCCAAAGUUUCUGUUGGUAUUGAUGAGUGGCUGAGAUCAGCUGAUGGACAUGAGGAAACUAAUCUAACGGCUUGGGAAGACAUGCCAGAAGAUCCUAGUACUUGGUCGCCGUUUCGUCUGCAGAUAAAUGAAUUCGAAGGAGGGGGUGUGGCUAUAGGUCUGAGCUGUCCACACAUGCAUGCAGACGCAACAACGUUAACAGUUCUCUUAAAGUCAUGGACGGAAGCUCAACGCCGUCAGUGUAUUACCCAUCCUCCUUCCUUUUCACCUUUGCCCUACAACUUAACGGAAACUGACGCCGUUAAAUCCGACCGUGACUCCUUCUCAAAGCCCAUCGCUGGGACCGUUUCAACCAAAACAACCACUGCCACGUUUAGAUUCUCUGGCUCCGCCUUCACGAGAUGUGUCAAGGAACACUCCAUCCACGAGAUAUCCCCCAAAGCGACGCCGUUUGAUGUGUUCGCCGCUCUUUUCUGGACACGUGUCGCUCUGGUGAAGAACAAGAGUGAUCGAGUUUGUGUAUGUGUGGACUUCAGGAGGCUAUUGCCUAAUCCGCUUCCUUACGGUUUCUUCGGUAACGCUUUGAACUUUUCAUCUCUUGAGAUGGCUAACGUGGUGGACAUGGAGGUUGGACACGUUGCACGUUUGAUUAACGAACAUGUGGCGGGUCUGAACGUGGAGAAAAUCAGGUCCGGUCUGAAGCGGGCUGGGUCCCAAAGAAAGAUGUAUGGUACGGACUUGACUAUUGUGAACAUGGAACAUAUGAUCGUGGAUGGAGAGCCGUUGAUGUACGAGACUGUGUUUGAGGAAGGUGUUAAGCCUAUGCACGUGAGUUACCGGAUUGGGAACAACGGGGGAGAAGGGGUGAUAACGGUGAUACCAUCGCCGGAGAAAGGGUUUGGGAGGACGGUUGCAGUGACUUUGCCGGAGGAGGAGAUGUCAAAGUUACUUUCUGAUCAAGAAAUCCUUCGUUUGGAACCUGAGAUUAUUCUAAAAGGUGUGAGGUGAUUUAUAUAUAAGAAUGAUCUUUAAAAAUUGAAUAAUAUCUAGAACCAUGUACGAGUGUUUUAUAAAAUCAUGAUGAUUGAUGUGUGAAAUCUUUAAUGUACGUGGAUAUGCUUGAUUUGAUUAUCUAUGUUACAAAAAUUGUCUAUAAACACAUAAAGUUAAA